CUUCUUUUUUCUUUUUAUCCUAUAACCCAACAUUUUUUUUUCUUCUUUUUCUUUCCCUUAUAUUUUACAAAGAUGCAAGUAGUACAAACAAACUAUCUUAAUCAAAACGAACAAGUAGAAGCAUAUGUAACUAACAAUAAACAGCAAAAUAAUCAAAAGCCAACAAUGAUAAGCAAAGGUGGCACUGAAAUGUUUGAUAAAAUUACUACAUUUUCUGAUGAUGACAGUGCUUGUUCUUUUUAUUCUGAAGAAGACGAAAAAUUAUUAACACCACCUUUAGCUACACCUGAAAAAGAGCUACAAGAACCUUAUUUAGCAAAAGAAGAUGAUGUAGAUUGGGCAUUCUGGUCUAAAGUUAUUUCAAAUUAUAACCAUUUUAGUCAAUCAGAAUUAAAAUCAUUAUCAAUUCAAGUUCAGCAAGGAAUACCUUCCGCUUUAAGAGGCGCCAUUUGGCCUUUAUUGGCAAAUAAUAAUAAUAAAAUAAAUUCUUCUGAAGAAUCAUUACAGAAUUACUAUAUUGGAUUAUUAAAGCAAGAGUCUGUUUAUGAAAAAGCGAUUACACGUGACCUUCAUCGAACAUUCCCUCAUCAUCCUUUCUUUCAAUCUUCUGUAGGUCAAGAGUCUUUAUUUAAUAUAGUAAAAGCUUAUUCUAUACAUGAUCCUGAAGUAGGUUAUUGUCAAGGUUUACAGUUUAUAGCAGGACCAUUGCUCUUGAACAUGCCAGAAGAAGAAUCAUUUUAUGUUCUUAUUCAGCUAAUGCAACAAUAUGAAUUAAGAGGGCAUUACACACCUCAGCUUGAUUUAUUACGACAACGUCUAUUUCAAUUUGAUGGCUUAUUAGCUGAUCAUUUACCUCAUAUCCAUAGACAUUUUAAUGAACAAGGUGUCCGUUCAAAUAUGUAUGCCUCUCAAUGGUUUUUAACCUUAUUUGCCUACAAGUUUCCAUUAAACGUCGUUUUCCGUAUUUAUGAUACCUUAUUUACAGAGGGAGUUCAUUGUCUUUUCCGUAUAGGUUUAGCUUUAUUAUCUAAAAAUCAAUCGACUAUUUUAUCUCUAGAUUUUGAAAAUUUAGUAGCCUACUUAAAAGAUGAUAUGUUGACCAUAUAUAAUGAUAAUAUUACAGAAUUACUUUGUGAGUCAAAUGAAAUUAAAAUUUCAAGUAAACGCUUGGAUCGAUUAGCAAAAGAAUAUUAUACACAAGCUAUAAAAGCAGAUACAGAAGCAAGUCUAAUUGAAGUUAUGCGAAAAAAGAAUCGUACCUUGACUGAACAAUGUAAAAGCUUAGAAGUGGAAGGCAAUCAAGUGAAAAAGGAAUAUGCGCUGGUCGCAGAGGAAUUGAUUACAAAGAAAUUAGAGCUAGCACGUAUUCAUGAUGAAAAUGACGCAUUAAAGGUACAAACAACAGAAUUACGAAGGAUGCUAGAUUGUAUUCCAGAGGAGAUUGAACAACGGGUACAGUCCGAUAUGGAAACAUUGUGUUUAAAAAAUCAAGCCUUGAGUCAAAAAAAUGCACAGUUACAAGAUCAAUUAGCGGAUAUGGAAGCAUUAGUAACUGAAAUGAAAUUAAAAUAUGCGCAAAGUGAAAGUGAGCGGGUUGCCUUAAAGCAAAAGUUAAAUGACCUAAAAAAAUGGAUGGAAAGUGUAUGAAUAAAAUUAUUUGUGUAUAUCAUAGUAUCCAUGAAUUAUUGUAUAGUAAAAAAAAAAGUUUCCUUUAAAGUACAUCUUCUUUAUUUCACCGAGCCAACUUGUAUGACCUAUAAGAAGAAAAAAAAUAUAGAUGUUGUUUUGAUCAAAAUGCACUAUUUUUAAGAUUUU